AUGAGCGUGUCAGACGUUUUUCACGUAAGUGAUGGUUUUGGUUUCUCUUCUUAUGGCAUUCGUGGAAAGCCAGGUUCCGACACCCCUGAAAGUCCUGAACCUCCCGUAACACCAAAUAAAGAAUUUAGAUACUCUAAUAUAUCUGAUGAAAUGGCAUCCAAAUUAGAAAGAAUUGACAAGGCAUACAAAUCUAUCAAGGAUUUUGAGAAGAGCAAAGACCUCGAGAAUGAUGCAGAAAACGUAGGAACUAUGAUUGCAAGAAUGAAAUGGUACAAAGUUUAUAGAUCUAAAUAUGAGAACAUAAAAGUAUUUGGACAUUUUUGGAUGAUUCUUAGUGAUAUAAUUAAAAUCCAGGCUAUGCUAAUUAAUCAACGACAACCGAAAGAAAUCUGCUUUUUUAUUGAAGAAGUGUUUUUUGAAGGAUAUCUUGUGUUAGCAUACGAGUGUUGGGGAGAACGAAGGUUUCAAGAAUUCAGAACGGCACAUUUAAACUUUAACGUUAAUGUUUAUGAUGAAAUUGAAAGAUCUGAUAUUUUUACAGACAUGUGUAAAGAGAUUGCAGCUAUUAUUAGUUUUAUUAAUAUAAUGACAUCAAUUUAUGUAAACGUUAAUGGAGUAAAUCCAAGAACGAUAACUUUUUUUGAACAAAUUCCUGAAGGAGCGGAUUUGACUAGCAUUAUGAAUCAUUGUAGAGAAUUAAGCAAUAAUGAAGAUAUUUUCGAAACGGAAAACGAAAUUAGCAAAAUGUCACAUUAUUUAAAAUUUCUAAAAAGAAGGUUAGCAGAAGUAGCAGAAAUGAGUAAUAUAGAUGUAGAAAAUAAGAGUGAAUAUUUGAAAGCGUUAGAGAAAUCGUAUAAUUGGAAUGCAGCGUAUAGUUUUAAUAGUACUAACACUAAUGAUAGCGUUAAUAUCACUAGUCACACUAAUACCAUAAAUAAUUUCGCUAAUACUAAUAUAGAUAAUGUUAAACACAAGAAUUCGGAAUUAAAAAAAUAUUAUUACGAAAUGCAUGAUAAAGAA